AUGCCCCCAAUUAAAACACCAAGCAGCCUUACAUCAGCCUCUGCAACGCACCUGCCUAUGGAAGUGGGCAAACCAUUGUUGUGGCCACCAAUUUUCGGCAAAAGUGAUAGUAAAGCAGCGGACAAGUACGACAAGGAAAUCGAGCGGCGUUCACACUGGACAACGACUGAUUGGCUGGAGAAGCACAAGUACGCCGUGGAAGUGCACAAUGUCACCACAACCGACGGUUAUCAGCUGCUUUUGCAUCGCAUACCCAAAUUAGGCAAACAGCCCGUCUUGCUGGUACACGGACUUCUAACUUCAUCACUCGCCUGGUUGCUGCUCGGACCGGGCAAGAGCUUAGCUUUUCUGCUCGCCGACCGCAACUACGAUGUUUGGCUGGCGAAUUUACGCGGCUCAGCAUAUGCGCGCAGUCACACGCAAUUCAGCGCCGACAGCUCGGACUAUUGGAGCUUCAGCUUCCAUGAAAUGGGCGCCUACGAUCUGCCGGCCAUAAUGGACCACAUUGGGAAUGAGAGUUCGUUCCAGCAGUUGCUGCUAAUUGGGCACUCCCAGGCGCUAAACGCAUUCCUAGUUUUGUGUUCCAUUCAUCCCGAGUACAAUGAACGCAUUCUGUUAAUGCAAGCGUUGGCCCCAAUUGUGCAAUUGCACGAUUUUGUGCGUUUCAAACCGGAUGAUGUGCGGCGGGUAAUGCGCUUUGUGAAGUCCAAAGUAAAAUCCGAGUCAUAUGAACUCUUUCCCGCCGGCUAUCUACGUAAAAAAUGUUUCCAACGCAAUACCGACAAUCGCCAGACUUGUCUGCAACUAAUGAGCACCUUUGCGGGUAAUGGCCGCUAUUCGAAGUCCAUUGAGCCGCUCCUUUAUGGCCAACUGUUGCAGGGUGGUUCACUCAAGGAAAUCAAACAUUUGCAACAAAUCUGGUAUUCGGGUGAUUUUGUCGCCUUCGAUUAUGGCGUCGAAGGCAAUCGUAAGUACUACAACAACUCCGUUGAACCGUACAAUUACGACCUUAAGCUGGUUACUGCACCGCUGCUGCUCUACUUCGGCGAAAGUGACGCCAUUGCAACGCCCGGUGGCGUUCACAACAUCUACUCACGUCUGCUGGGCACAGUGGUCGGUGUUUAUCGCAUAGCCGCCGCCAAGUUUAAUCACUUUGAUUUUCUAUGUGCGAACGAUGUGAAAACGCUGGUCAACGAUAGAGUAAUCGGCAUGAUGGAACAACACUUGGCCGGCAAAUUGCCCUACGUAAUUGAAUAA